AUGCUCUCCCUACUCUUCCUUGGCGUUGGGCCGUCUCAACUGGCAGGUGCCGGUGCCGGUGCCGCUACUGCAGCCCGUAUCGGUGUUGGUGCCGCUACUGCAGCCCGUGUCGGUGCUGGUGUCGCUGCCGCUGUCCCCGCCGCUGCCGCUGUAGCCGCUGUAUUUGCCGGUGCCGCUGCAGCUGCUGACGCUUUAAGAAAUGAACGACGAAUAAUAAUAGUGAAACCGCCACCGUCACCGCCACCGUCACCGCCACGGCCACGGAAAAAAAUUCAGGUGCUAGUCAUUCCACAACCAUCAAAAGUUAGGAAGGAUAAAAUGGAGGACGUGCGUAAGGCGUUUCAGACGGUUGACACCGAUAAGGAUGGAAAGAUCAACCGAUCUGAGUUCGAGUCGGCCUUAAAAAUCCUCGAGCCUAAACUCUCAGACGAAGAUGUUACUGCGGCGUUUCUGCAUGUGCAUCGCAACGGUGAUCAAAAUGCCUUGGUCACCCUCGAACAGUUUCUCCAUUUGUUCACCUCAGGUGCCCUCAUCUAUAAUGAUUAG